CAUGGAAAAAGCACUCUGGUCAUUGUUCAACUGUUUUGUUAUUUCUCAAAAAUGUUAAACUAUUUCUAAGGUGUAGCAUAUAUUGAUUUCCUUUUAAUUUUGAGCCAAUGAAUGGGACUAAUUGUUUGCGUGUUUUAAAAAGUUCUCUAAAAGUAGCCUAGUGCACGGUGGAUUUCACCAAACCUACUGUAGGACACAGUAAAGACACAGGCCCUACUUAUGGCCCUCGAAAAAAAUACAAACCUAUUAGAAUAUUUGCAUUGUUAGAGGCACGAAACUCUGGAAAAUAUUUUACAGCAUGAACUUAAUAUUUAAAAUUUGGUUGUGUGUGUGAAUGAAACUCACGUGUAGCACCAACAUGCUUAUAGGAAUUGGAUUUACUCUUAGAAAAAUGGGUUCCAAAAGGGUUUUUCGGAAAGGGUUCUACCUGGAACCAAAAAGGGUACUUCAAAGGGUUCUCCUAUGGGGACAGCUGAAAAACCCUUGUAGGUUCUAUAUAGCACUUUUCCCCCCUUUUUUUUCUCUGAGUGUAGGACAACAGACUGCAGGGUAAAUAAAUAGAGCAGUCGUGUCACUGGAAAGUCAUGGCAAUUUACAGUUUUGAUUUAGGGGUUUUAUAUGUUCUUUCAUUAUGACUGAUAGACAACUGUGAAUAGUGCUUUCGGAAAGAAUAAACUUACGUAAAAGGAAGCGCGAGUGGAGAUUUCCAAUAAGAGGCAGAGGCAGUUGCUUGUCUAAAAAGGGCUGGGGGUUUAAAAAAAUGCUGCCUCUGUCUCUCAGGCAACAGGGAAAACAACACGUGGGAGCUUGAGGGACAGGACACCCCCCAACCCUGUGUCUUCACUAUACGGCACAUUAAUUAAGUCCUCAUUUCUUUACAUGCAAACUUGUCAAGCAAGGUUUCUGUUAUUCCAGAGAACCUUCAAAAGUACUCCAAGAUUUAAUGCCUAGCCACUACAGGAAGUCUAUGGUCAGAGCUGACUGAAGUUGAUUAGAGACAGUGAGGCCUACGUGACUGACACUUAAAAAAAAUCUCAUAUAGCCACCAGGAGGCGGAGGGUAUCAUAAAGUUGUACUGUACAGGUCCUGGGUGCACGUUUUGGUUUUUGCCCUAGAAUUACACAGCUGAUUCAAAUAACCAACUCACCAUCACGUUUUGAUUAUUUGAAUCAGCUGUGUAGCCCUAGGGAAAGAACCAAAACGUGCACCCAGGGGGACCCCAGGACUGAGUUUGGGAAACCCUGCUGUUGCAUGUGUCAUGUUCACACCACAAGGUGGCAGUAUAUAACCCUCGCAUGCUUUCAGGAAACAAAGGUAAACAACUAUUUUUUUGGGACAAAAUGUUACCCGAUUUUGCAAUCUAGAGGUCAUGUAACUAAUUGUUCUUCAAUAUAUGUUCUGUGUAUGUGUAUAAAACAUUUGUUUAAAAUGUACUUUUCAUCUUCAUGCACUUUCCCCUUAUUACUGUUUCUUGAAGUGGUAUCCUAUAUGAAAUGGCAAAAAAAAUCAAUGUUAUUAUCAAAUGUUUGUCACAUACAGUUUAUAGCAGGUAUAAAAGGUGCAGCAAAAUGCACACACGCAGUGCAUUAAUGAAUAAUAACAAUGACAAUAUAAUUCAUUAUAGGCAUUUACAGACUUUAAAAUGUAUAUAUUUGGCAAGUUGUGCAUGUUCCCUUUCUUGAAAUUAAUGCAUAGACCACAUGUACAGAAUACCAAAAAAUGGGCAUGAGCAAAAGCUGAAAUACCUUUUGUACUAUUAUGCAAUGUGAAACUAUUUUGUCAAAUGGGAGGGUCUUUGCAGCGUUCGGGCAUGCUCAGUAAGCCUGUUUUCGUCUAAGAACCUGUAACCAUCAAUCACCAGGCACGGUUUUCCCCGUUUGCUCGAGCGCUCCACACCCAGGGAAGAUGUUUAUUAGCCCGUUACCCUCUAUGUGGCCUUACAUAAUAUAUUAGGACAGCCCACAUCGUGCAGGGAGCUGUGGCCGCGACUACUUAAUCAGUUUUGUUUUGCAAGUGUAGCGACAAUAAUAUUAAGAUAGUACCGAAACAUUCUUUCAGAGUUCUUUGACAACUUGAACAAGGAGCAAUAACAUUUUAACAUAAGUACACUGUUUGGAACUAAUAACGCUCACGAUGAUUUUCGACAAAUUGAAAAAGUUGUACAUCGUCUUCGACUCUCCAGAAAUCGAUUCCCCUCCAGUCUUCAGCAGUGGGGACGUGGUGUCUGGAAGAGUUGUUUUGAACCUUUCAGGUGAAAGUAAAGUGCAGUCGUUGAAGUUGCACGCAGAAGGUUUUGCGAAAGUGCAUUGGACCGAGUCUCGUUCGGCUGGGUCCAGUACUGCCUAUACUCAAAACUACAGCGACGAAGUGGAAUAUCUCAACAGGAGAGAAGUUCUUCUGCAAGCAGAUAAUGGCGAGCACACCCUCCUCUCUGCUGGAAGACAUGAAUUCCCAUUUAGUUUCCAGUUGCCUGAAGAGACACUGGUGACAUCCUUCGAAGGCAAGCAUGGCAGCAUCCGCUACUGGGUGAAAGUGAAGCUGCAUAGGCCCUGGGCUACAGUGAGGAAGAUCAAGAAGGAGUUCACAGUCAUCGAGCCCAUUGACAUCAACACACCAGCCUUAUUGGCUCCCCAAGCUGGCACUAAAGACAAGAUGGCACGGGUGUGGUACCGCAAUUUUGGACAGGUGUCAAUAACCGCUAAGAUCGAUCGUAAAGGUUACACACCAGGUGAGGUGAUUCCUGUAUUUGCUGAGUUUGACAAUGCCACCUCACGCUCUGUGGUGCCCAAGGCCUACAUCACACAGACGCAGACGUUCAUCGCCCGGGGCACCAUGAAGCAGAAGCAAGCCGUGGUGGCCACGCUUAGUGGUGAUGUGGUGGGCGCCCAGCGCAGGGAGACCUGGCAUGGCCGCGCCAUCAAGAUCCCCCCUGUCGGGCCCUCCAUCCUGCAGUGCCGCAUCAUCAAAGUGGAAUACAUGCUCAGGGUGUGUGUGGAUGUUCCUGGGACCUCCAAGCUGUGCCUAGAGCUGCCCCUGGUCAUGGGCACCAUCCCCCUCCAUCCCUUUGGUAGCCGCACCUCUAGCGUCAGCAGCCAGUACAGUGUUAACCUGGAAUGGCUCCGCAUGGCCAUCCCCGAGCAGCCUGAGCCUCCUCCUGACUACAGCUCUGUGGUGACGGAUGAGGAGGCUGAGCGGAACAUUACAGCCCCCCAUCCUGAGGAGGACCUCAGUGGGAUUAUGGAGCACCCUCUCAGGGCCUUUGUCCAGGAGUUCCGCUUCCGACCUCCUCCGGUGUACUGCGAGAUUGACCCAAAUCCUCAGCCCCUCAACAUGAGACGUCGCUGCAUGACGUGUUGAACCAUAAGCCCCACUUGAGCGUCACACGAUGACCCUAUUUAAUUAAACGGAGCGAAGAGAUUUGUCUUCCCCUGGAUUACUCUCCGAAACUGGCAACUCGGUCCAAAGAUGUGGAUUCUGUUGUUCGAAGGGACUUAGAGUACCACUGAGAGGCUGGAAAAGAAGAUGGAGGCGACAGGACCUGCUUGUGGAUGAAGUCCUUUUUAAAAAAGAAAGGGGAACAUGUUACGUUCAACAAGAAAAGGAAAUAACUUCUCCCAUGGUUCCUGUCCUCCCAAGUGAUUCUGGCUGAGGAUGACGAAAUCAAGUCACCCCUCCUGCCAAUCAAUGAACCCCCACACAAUAAAUGUUUUGUGUUUUACAGAGUUUGGGGAAAUAUUUGGGGAGGAUCACUUGAUUUUUUUGAGGGAGAGUUCGAGUUGCAGAUGAUAACUAAGCCUCAAAGAAUGCAAUGGUAUAUCUUCGGUUAACAUCUGCAAAUGAUCAGCUGGCUUGGUGUUGAGGCACCUGUAACUCAUCUUUUAAUACCCAACUCCCUCUUGCCUGGUAACAUAUAGUAUGACUCAGCCAUGAUGAAUAAUUCUACUGUUUUUCAAGUAAGCACUUAUCCGAGACUGUUUGGUGAGGAGGAGUUGAAUCAGCAGGUUUCGGCAUUUAGCCGGGUAAUACUAUGCAAAAGGGAACUCGAAUCCUGUAGUAUCUGAAAAUGUACUGAAAUGAUUCCAUGAGAGAUUCUGAUAAAGCAGCUGUCCUCUGUAUGGGGAUGUUCAAUGUAUUCUGAAUGUUAAUACGACAGUAAUGGAUGAAAACUAAACGGUUGAGUUUUUUUGCAUGUGGAAGAAUUCAAGAGAAACGUUAGUGUUGUGUAAAAGCUAGUUCUAUAGCACAAACCUGGGCAUAACGCUUUCUCAGAAAAUAGAGUCUAGGACUGAUUUAGAAACAGUGACACGAGGAAGAAAAGUGUGUUUGUAGCUGCUGCAAGCUCAAAUGAUUAGCUUUAGAAACGGCUAAGGAGGAAAUAUCAGAGCUAUGUGUUUGAUUCAACCCAGAUGCCUUGUUUUCCAACAGUCUGUAAAUGUCUGCAGAAUGUUUGUUCAGCGUUACAUUAAGCCUUAAGUUGGAGAUGUCACUUUGAAGUGUACUAAAGAACUGACUUCAGGUCAGCAAUGCAGCUUAGGUGUCAUGCGCAGUGCAGCACACACCUGAAAUUGAAUUUUUUUUAUACAAAUGCCGUUGUUGAUUCACAGAACUUGCCAAAGUUUUUGUAAUUCCCUUUUCUAAUAAAAACACUGAAAUAGA